GCCCUCUGGUCAAUCGCCGGAACGAGACUACAUUUCCCAGGCUUCUCCCUGGGACUGAAGCGCGGGGCAGAGGGGAGGUGCUGUAUCCUCCAGCAACUUCGUAGGGGCGCCCGGGAGCUGGUGAAAAUGCUGCGAGCCAGUGGCGGGGCUGCUGUUCGACUGGCGUCUCCGUGCUUGGGAUCCUGCAGGGCUACUGCAUGCGGGAAGCGGGGCUGUACCUCUGGGCAGGAGAGCCUGAAGCAGACGCCCCUCUAUGACUUUCACCGGCACCAUGGCGGGAAGAUGGUGGCCUUUGCAGGCUGGAGCCUACCUGUGCAGUACACCCAAAGCCACUUGGAAUCCCAUCUGCACACACGUCAGCACUGCUCACUCUUUGAUGUGUCUCAUAUGCUUCAGACUAAAGUGUUUGGCAGAGACCGAGUGAAGUUCAUAGAGAGCCUAGUGGUUGGGGACAUUGCAGAGCUGAAGCCUAAUCAGGGUACCCUGUCUCUGUUCACAAAUGAAAAAGGAGGCAUCAUAGAUGACUUGAUUGUGACCAGCACCUCCGAGCAGCACCUCUACGUGGUCUCUAAUGCAGGUUGCAUGGACAAGGAUUUAGCCCUCAUGCAGAACAAGAUGAAGGAAAUGAAAGCAGCUGGCUGUGAUGUGGACUUGGAAGUAUCCCACAAUGCUUUGCUUGCUCUGCAAGGUCCUGCCAUGGCCCGAGUGCUGCAGGCUGGGGUGUCAGACAAUCUGGAUAAACUGCCCUUCAUGACCAGUGCAGUGAUGGGUGUAUUUGGAGUGCAAGGCUGCAGGGUCACACGCUGCGGCUACACAGGCGAGGAUGGCGUAGAGAUCUCUGUCCCUGCAAGCCAAGCUGUGGAGCUGGCUGAGCUGCUGCUUAGGGACCCUACCGUGUGGCUGGCUGGACUUGCGGCCCGGGAUAGUUUACGCUUGGAGGCAGGGCUGUGUCUUUAUGGGAAUGACAUUGAUGAGAGCACCACCCCUGUGGAAGCCAGUCUGGUGUGGACCCUUGGGAAAUGCCGUCGCGUUGCCAUGGAUUUCCCCGGUGCAUCAAUCAUUCUGGCCCAAAUCAAAGAGAAGCCCCAAAAGAAGCGUGUGGGGCUGACUUCUACAGGGCCUCCCAUCCGGCAACACAUGCCCAUUCUCAGCCCAGAGGGCAAGGCCAUUGGUGAGGUUACCAGUGGCUGCCCCUCACCCUGUCUGCAGAAGAACAUUGCCAUGGGCUAUGUGGAGAGUGAAUUCAGCAAACUGAGCACAGCCCUCACAGUAGAAGUGAGGAAGAAGAGCUGCCCGGCUCUCGUAACCAAGAUGCCCUUUGUAGCCACGCAUUACUACACAGUGAAAUAGGCUGCUGCUGCCGCCACAAGCUGUCAGUCUUAUAUCCCGGCCAGCUUAUAAAGGGCCACAUGAUUCCAUUGGGCUCUGCCACAAAGGCUGUUACUGAAAAACAACCCAGCUGUAAAAGGAGAGAACCACUGUAGAGGACCACGCCUGGGACAUUAGCAAAUGAAAAGAGGCAGACAACUGAACAGACUUGAGGAAGUAUGCUCUAGUCUAGUGUGUGUAGAAAGAUACCAGUCACUUGAUCUCUUGACCCUCUAUAUAGCCACCCACUUCUGGGUCCCAAACUUGCAUUAAUCCCAAAUAUUAAAAAACCCUUAACCUC